AUGGAGAGCAACACUAAUAAUUGUAAUAAUCAGAAGACAAAGGUGAGUCUUGUGCUGUCAACAGAUGCUAAGCCUAGAUUGAAAUGGACUUGUGAGCUUCAUCACAGAUUCAUCGAAGCAGUUAAUCAACUCGGAGGACCUAACAAGGCAACACCUAAGGGUUUGAUGAAGGCUAUGGACAUUCCUGGGCUUACUUUGUAUCAUCUCAAGAGCCAUUUACAGAAAUAUCGGCUAGGGAAGAGCCUCAAGUUUGAUGAUAACAAGCUAGAAGCAGUUUCAUCUGCUUCAGAAACCCAAGAAGCCGAGAGUAAAAAGGAUUCUAGAGAAUUUAGAGGCAGUGUCAACCAAGAAAACAACAAUCCAGCUAACGAAAACUUGCAUAUCACGGAGGCUUUACAACUGCAGAUGGAAGUUCAGAAGAAACUUCAUGAACAAAUCGAAGUUCAGAAACAUUUGCAAGUGAAGAUUGAGGCACAAGGAAAGUAUUUACAGUCUGUGUUAAUAAAAGCUCAACAAACUCUCGCUGGCUACACAUCUUCCAAUCUUGGCAUGGACUUUGCUAGAAGCGAGCUCUCUAGAUUAGCUUCAAUGGUGAAUCCAAGUUCUUCCUUCUCAGAGCUAACACAAGUGGAAGAAUAUGGAGAAGAAGCAGAGGAUGUGGAAGACGGAUUCUUGUGGUGCAAGAAACCAAGAAACAGAGGAAUUAGACAGCCAAGAUGUUCAGUUGAGAGCUCGUUGACAUCUUCUGAGAGCUCAGAGACAAAACUGAAUAAUGAUAACGACAAGAGGAAAUCGAUGGAGCUCCCGUUGAUGGAGAUCAAAUCAGAAGUGAUGAAGGAGAAGAAGACUAAGAGAAGCUUAAACGACGUCCUAUGCGUGGAACAUCAGCCUCUAAAGAAAAUGGAUUUUGGAGUUGAUGAUGAUGAUGAUGAGCAGCACUUGAGGUUGAGUUUGAAUAGUUACAAGAAAGACAUGGGGACGUGUCCGAACAUAGGACUAGGGUUUAAUUGAAAAAAGUAACAUUUAUUAUAAUAUUUAAAUAUUUUUAAAAUAUCGAAUAUAUGCGUAGAUUUCUAUAGAUAAUAUAAAGAUUUUGUGAGUAAGUCGGGGUGAAGAACGCAUGGGAAUAUUCUACACGAGUCAACAUGAUUUAUACUCCCUCCGUUUCAUAUUAAGUGUCGUUGUAGAGAAUUUUUUGCGUUACAAAAUAAGUGUCGUUUUCGGUUUUCAAUGCAAAAUUUAUUAAUUUUAUUAUGUAAGUAGUUUUUCUAUUGGUUAAAAUAUGGUUAGGUGUAUAGGUAAUUGUGUUUUUAUAUAGGAAAUAUGUAAAAUUAAUUGUUUCCUUAAUCCGUGUGUAUAGCUACAGAGUGACACUUAUAAUAAAACAGAGGGAGUAUAAUGUAAGAAACAAUGUGUGAUAGAUAUGUGUGUAUAGAUUGGGUGUGGAGGCUUGUGGAUGUGGUAAAGGCGGGAACUUUUUAUGAUAAAUGAAAGAAGCAAAAUGAUUAAAUUAGAGUGGCUUUUAUCAUUAUGUCCCGACCAUGAUAAGCAUGUUGGCUUCUCAGUGGUUA